AUGGCCACGGCCAACGGCACCUGCCCCCGCACCAUCCCACGAUGCAGCCUGCCACGGCUAACGCCCACCGACCCGCACCGUCCCACGAUGCACCCUGCCACGGCCAACGCCCACCGACACCGCACCGUCCCACGAUGCACCCUGCCACGGCCAACGGCACCUGCCCCCGCACCAUCCCACGAUGCAGCCUGCCACGGCCAACGCCCACCGACCCGCACCCUGCCACGGCCAACGCCCACCGACCCGCACCGUCCCACGAUGCACCCUGCCACGGCCAACGCCCACCGACCCGCACCGUCCCACGAUGCACCCUGCCACGGCCAACGCCCACCGACCCGCACCGUCCCACGAUGCACCCUGCCACGGCUAACGCCCACCGACCCGCACCGUCCCACGAUGCACCCUGCCACGGCUAACGCCCACCGACCCGCACCGUCCCACGAUGCACCCUGCCACGGCCAACGGCCCCUGCCCCCGCACCAGCCCACGAUGCAGCCUGCCACGGCCAACGCCCACCGACCCGCACCCUGCCACGGCCAACGCCCACCGACCCGCACCGUCCCACGAUGCACCCUGCCACGGCAAACGCCCACCGACCCCCACCGUCCCCACGAUGCACCUGCCACGGCCAACGCCCACCACCCGCACCGUCCCACGAUGCACCCUGCCACGCUAACGCCACCGACCCGCACCGUCCCACGAUGCAGCCUGCCACGGCUAACGCCCACCGACCCGCACCGUCCCACGAUGCACCCUGCCACGCCAACGCCACCGACCCGCACCGUCCACGAUGCACCCUGCCACGCCAACGCCACCGACCCGCACCGUCCCACGAUGCACCCUGCCACGGCCAACGCCAACCGACCCGCACCGUCCCACGAUGCACCCUGCCACGGCCAACUCCCACCGACCCGCACCGUCCCACGAUGCACCCUGCCACGGCUAACGCCCACCGACCCCCACCGUCCCACGAUGCACCCUGCCACGGCUAACGCCCACCGACCCGCACCGUCCCACGAUGCACCCUGCCACGGCUAA